AUGGCCAAAGCAGGCCACCUUGAUAUGCUGGUGGAGGACUGGGAUAUGGUUCCAAAGUACUGGGCCGAGUACUGUCAAGAGCAUCGGGCUCACCCUGUUGCCAGGCUAUUCUUCUACGUUGCCGGGUUCCGGGGCGACUGGAAGGCGCUCAAGCAAGUCUUUAAUUUUGAUAGGCGUCAGGGCAUCAAGAAUUGCUCCCUCCUGCAGGUUUGCUGGAAGUGCUCAGCCACCAAGGGCUCGCACGAUGUGGCCGAUGUUGCUUGUGCUUUCACAGACACCCGUGGGUGUGCCAGAUUUUGGGCAGAUCUCCAUACGCAGUGCCCCUGGAAGUAUUUGCCUGCUUACGCCACGCUGCCGGGCUUCGAAAUCAGCGCCAUCGUGCCCGAUCUGCUGCAUGUUUGGCAUCUUGGUGUCGGCCGGGAUGUGUUGGGUUCAAGUCUAGCCAUUAUGUUGAGCAACGGCGUGUUUGGGCCAGGGUCCGCGAUGAACAAGCUUAUGGAAGCCACAAACCGUUUGCGUCGCUUUGCAAGUUCUUCUGGAUACUCGCUCCGGCUGAAGAAGUUGACCAAGAACAAACUGAAUUGGAAACAGCGAUGCUAUCCAGAGCUUAAGAGUUCUGGCUAUGAUACGUUUGUGGUCCACCAGUGGGUAAUGAACGAGUUACACACUUUCCCUGAGUCGCUACCUGCUGACCUCAUUGCUUGCCUUUGGGCCUCCAACCAUUUCUUGAGCAUCUGGACGAACGCAGGAAGGUGGUUGAGCCCAGCUGAGCACGCCAACGUGAAGGAAGCUGGCAAGAUUUUCACGCAAGCGUAUUGCGCCUUGGCAAAGAAAGCUGCUAGGGAUCAAGUGCGUUUGUACAAAGUGCGGCCCAAACUGCACCUUUUGCACCAUCUGGCGCGACAAGAGACGCGGAAAAAUCCGCACUACUUCGCCACUUGGAUGGAUGAGGAUGGGCUAAAGAAGUUAGUGAAGGUUUUGAAGCUCAGUGAUGCCAGAAGCGCCGAAAAGCGCUUGUUGCAGAGAUGGCUACUCGGAUUGCCUGACGCGUGGAAGCAG